AUGGCUGCAGUGGAGCUGGUGACCUUCAAGGAGGUGGCUGUGUAUUUCACCAUGGAGGAAUGGGCUCUGUUGGACCCAGGUCAGAGAGCCCUCUACAGGGAUGUCAUGCAGGAGAAUUAUGAGACUGUGACCUCACUGGGAUUUCCAAUUUCCAAACCUGACGUGAGCUCCCAGCUGGAACUAGGGGAGGAGCCAUGGGUCCCUGAUCUCCAGAUUUACGAGGAAAGGGAGAUCCUGAAAGAUGUCCACAUGGCAGUUGAGGAGAUGGUGAAUGAGAACAAGGAAGAGAACCCUCAGCAGGAAGGUUCCGAACAACUGGAGCCACAUGGGAUCGCAUUGGGAAGAGCCAAAGGAGAUGCUUCCCAGAGUCCUGAGUGGGGAGAAGCCCAUAAGAGUCAGCACUGGCGAGAGAGACAGCAGGGAAACCACCAAGAGGAGAGACGGGAUAAAUCCAUGCAGAGGAUGAGAGGAGUCGGAAGAAUCAAAGAAUCUGUUUACCAGAGAGUUCCCACAGAAGAGAGACCUCACAUGUGCGGCGACUGUGGGAAAAGUUUCCCUUGGAAAUCAUUCCUUAUUAUUCACCAGAGAAUCCACACAGGAGAAAAACCUUAUAAGUGUCCUGACUGCGAGAAAAGCUUCAGCCAGCGCUCAAACCUCACCAAACAUCAGAGAGUCCACACAGGAGGGAAGCCUUACAAAUGUCUCGAGUGCGGGAAAAGCUUCAGUUGUAGCUCAACCCUCACUGCACACCAGGUAAUCCACAUGGGAGAGAGACCCUAUAAAUGCCAUGAGUGUGGAAAAAGCUUCAGUGAUAGAUCCACCUUUAGUACGCACCAGAGAAUCCACACGGGAGAGAGACCCUAUAAAUGCCUGACCUGUGGGAAAAGUUUCAGGGAUCGGUCAACGUUUAAUAAACACCAAAGAAUCCACACGGGAGAGAAACCACAUAAAUGCCCCAAGUGCGGGAAAAGUUUCCGUCAGCUCACGCAACUCGUUAGGCACCAGAGACUCGACACAGGAGAAAAACCCUACAAAUGCCUGACGUGUGGGAAAAGCUUCCGGGAUAGAUCCACCUGUAAUGAACACCAGAGAAUCCACACGGGAGAAAAACCCUAUGAAUGCCCCGAGUGUGGGAAAAACUUCCGGUACAGCUCAGCCUUUAUUAGGCAUCAGAGAAUCCACAGAGGACGCAAACCCUAG